UCCCAGGACCCUGGGAUCAUGACCUGAGCCAAAGGCAGAUGCUUAACCGACUGAGCCACCCAGGCGUCCCACGAUGCCCCUUUAGAUUCCUGAUCUGGGUGAGAGAGACUGGCACCCUAUCCCCACCCGUGGAGGGAGACUCAGAGGAAGAGCACAAGGCCCCGGGCACUAGCUCUUCGUUGCCUUGGCCAGUGAGGACUGACAGCAUUCUGUCCCUGCUGGACAGCUCCCACUUUAUCCGCGGCUUUGCAUGCCCCACCAGCUAGUGAGGGCUUUCACAGGGACCUGAAAGGCUCCGGGAAGCUUCCCAUGAGGCCUGGAAUUUAGACUUCACACUAAGCACUCAGGUCAGUUGUCAAAAGGUAAGUAUACCCCACGAUGGCUACAGUGUCCCUUCCCCAGGGGGAUGAUCACAAGUCCUCGCCUGAAGCCUUCCCUAACCUAUCCUCCGGUUUCUCUCACUCCUUAUCCGUACUCCUGGUAAUCCCCAUUUCAUGAGGAAGACGGCCCCGCACCAGGCCAUUGCACCGGGACACCAAAACCAUGUGGAACUCCCAUGCAGGGUCCCCAGUGUGGGUGCAGUUGUGCCUGUGUGGACAGCUCAAAGCUGAAGGGAAAUACCAUUUAUACCUAGAAAAGAAAUCCCACAUGCCCUGUUCACCUGCUGCCCCCCACACAAGCUCCUUAGUCUUGGGCUGAAUCACGGGUGGAGGUGGGGGUUUCCCAGGACACCUUAAGCAGAUAUUCAAUGCAUGCUUCUUCUGGUGAAGGGUAGGUAUCCUGGGCACCCCCGGAGUUUCUGAUUCCAUCCACCUGGGUGAAGCAUGAGAAUGUGCAUUCUUCACCAGAAUGAAGCAUGUGGGUGCUGCCUUCCGCUCAGGCUGGGGACCACACUUGGGAAUCACUGGAUGGGGCAGAGUCAGGAAGGUCAGUCAGGAAGCCGUGUCAGGACCAGAGUCUGAAGCAGAGUGGGGCUAGCCGGGGUGGAAGGGAGGCUGCAGAGCUGAGGGGCAUCUCGGAGGGGAGGGCCACCAGGAAGGGAGCCCAGCUGGUUGCGGAGCAUGAGGGAGAGGGAGGGGUCUAGACUGACUUGGGGUUUCUAGCCUGAAAGGCCAAAGGGAAAGACUCUCAGGUAGGGAACCCAGGAGGCACAGUAGCGUUGAGGGGAGGGGACAAAGGUUCAGGUUUGGAGGGUCAUCUGGGUGGAGAUGUCCAAAAGGCACUUGACUUGGUAAUUUCAGUCUGGAUUAGGCAUCAGGUGUGAGGACUGUGGGAAUGUGGAGCUGAGAGUACUUGCCACAGAGCUGGUGGCUGAUAGUGUGGGAAAUGAAACAGUAGCCCAGAGAGUGUGCACGAAUUAUGAAAAGAAGAGCAAGAACCACAGGACUGUGGAACACUCUACAAGCUUGUGAGUCUUGUUAGGUGUGUUAAGGCAGCUCCCUUGGUCUGUAAUUCCCAAAACUUAGGAACUGGCAGAGGGAAUCCAGUAAGGAAAGGAAAACGGCAGGGGACAGUGAAGUUCCAGAGGUGGCUUAAGGUGUCCAGGUUGGACUCGGCCCAGCAUUUAGAAGCUUGUGUGAGGGGCAGCGGGUGAGUGGGGCACAUGGGAUUUCUUUCUCAGCUAUAGAUGGCAAUUUCCCUUCAGCUUUUAGCUGUCCUGGGCUGGUACCAGCCCAGGCACAAUGGCACUCACUUUGGGGCACAGCGUGGUUGUCCCAGGCCGACCCCAGGGUGGGGGGGGGGGGCUGCAGGCAGCAGGGCCUGAGGAGGGAGGUGUGGAGGGAGGAGGCCCACUGCCAUUCUUGGUAUGGUUCUCUCUCCAGGAGCAGAGCUGCAUCUGGCCUCACUCUGGGCAGCUUAUAAGGCCUGGUGUGAGUUUUGUUGAUGCAAGUGCAGCAAAAAAGGAACAAAUCCUCCAGCACCAGGGCUGUUGCCACUGGAGUCCUUUUGCAUACAUUUUUCAAAUGAUAAUUCACUCUACCCAGCCCCCUUCCCCACCCCCCAAGGCCGAUUUAUUGAAAAAACCACCUUAUAUGGUAAUAUUGUUAACACACCGUCAGCUGGCCUUUUUAGGGACUCUGUUUAAAGAAGAUCCGCCUCUGGGGUUUUAUAUUGCUCUGGUAUUUGUGCCAAAGACACAGCAGCCCUCAGUCCCUGGGAGAAGGACUUCUCGUACACUCGGCGGCUGCUUAAUGUCAUUUGAAGCCCUCACUCCAACAUAUUUCUCCAACUAUUGUUUGAAGUCUCACCAUCUGAGAGGCCUUCCUUUUAGGGCUUAAACUUUGCACUGAAAUGAAAAUGUCUUGAAGCUGGCAUAAAUUCAAUCAUCCCUUCAAUAAGCAUUGAUUUGUGAGGUGGAUGGUUCAUCUCCUUCCAAUAUGACAGACUUCAUCCUGGGAACAAGUUCUGAUGGAGAAGGGUGCUCCGGCCCCUGGUUCACUUGGCCACACUCAUCAUGUGUGAAGAGGAGACCACUGCACUCGUGUGUGACAAUGGCUCUGGCCUGUGCAAGGCUGGCUUCGCAGGAGAUGAUGCGCCCCGGGCCGUCUUCCCCUCUAUCGUGGGCCGCCCUCGCCACCAGGGUGUCAUGGUGGGAAUGGGCCAGAAAGACAGCUACGUCGGGGAUGAGGCUCAGAGCAAGCGAGGGAUCCUAACUCUCAAGUACCCCAUUGAGCACGGCAUCAUCACCAACUGGGACGACAUGGAGAAGAUCUGGCACCACUCAUUCUACAAUGAGCUGCGGGUAGCACCUGAGGAACACCCCACCCUGCUGACAGAGGCCCCCCUAAAUCCCAAGGCCAACAGGGAGAAGAUGACCCAGAUCAUGUUUGAGACCUUCAAUGUCCCUGCCAUGUACGUCGCCAUUCAAGCUGUGCUCUCUCUCUAUGCUUCUGGCCGCACAACUGGCAUCGUGCUGGAUUCAGGGGAUGGCGUCACCCACAAUGUCCCCAUCUAUGAGGGCUACGCACUGCCCCAUGCCAUCAUGCGCCUUGACCUGGCUGGCCGUGACCUCACUGACUACCUCAUGAAGAUCCUCACAGAGAGAGGCUAUUCCUUUGUGACCACAGCUGAGCGAGAAAUCGUGCGAGACAUCAAGGAGAAGCUGUGCUACGUGGCCCUGGACUUUGAGAAUGAGAUGGCCACGGCAGCCUCCUCUUCUUCCCUGGAGAAGAGUUAUGAGCUGCCAGAUGGGCAGGUCAUCACCAUCGGCAACGAGCGCUUCCGCUGCCCCGAGACCCUCUUCCAGCCUUCCUUCAUUGGCAUGGAGUCCGCCGGGAUUCAUGAAACCACCUACAAUUCCAUCAUGAAGUGUGACAUCGACAUCCGCAAGGACUUAUAUGCCAACAAUGUCCUCUCGGGGGGUACUACCAUGUACCCUGGCAUUGCUGACAGGAUGCAGAAGGAGAUCACAGCCCUGGCCCCCAGCACCAUGAAGAUCAAGAUUAUUGCUCCCCCAGAGCGGAAGUACUCGGUCUGGAUUGGAGGCUCCAUCCUGGCUUCUCUCUCCACCUUUCAGCAGAUGUGGAUCAGCAAGCCUGAGUAUGAUGAGGCAGGGCCCUCCAUUGUCCACAGGAAGUGCUUCUAAAGUCAGAACAGAUUCUCUGGGGAUCCCCUGGAGACUGCUCUGCUACCGAUCAUGAAACAUUAAAACCUGCAAGCCUUA